AUGAUCAUUUCAUCAGAGUAUGCAAAAGCUACAACAUCAACAACGACCACCACCACUGUCACCACCACCACCACUACUACCACAACCACCAGUGGAUUUACCUUGAACCUAAGGUCACUGACAUCAUCUGGGAUUAAUAACAUUGUUCCAGUUGGUAUUAAUUCCCUACCAUUUACUUCGACUGUUAAUGCAAUUGUAACUCCCGUAAUGACAUACGGUCAGCUGGAGGGUCUGAUAAACAAAUGGAACCUUGAUUUAGAGGAUCAAGAGAGGUACUUUCUUCACCAGGCCACUCAGGUCAAUGCUUGGGACCGUACAUUGAUUGAGAAUGGUGAGAAGAUUACUACUUUACAUGGAGAAGUGGAAAAAGUAAAACUGGAUCAGCAGAGGCUGGAACAAGAAUUGGAUUUUAUCCUGUCACAGCAGAAGGAACUGGAAGAUCUCUUGACCCCUUUAGAGGAGUUUGUGAAGGACCAGAGUGGGUCUGCUUAUCUGCAGCAUGCAGAUCAGGAGCAUGGAAAGACUUAUAAAUUAGCAGAAAAUAUAGAUGCUCAGCUGAAACGAAUGGCCCAAGAUCUCAAGGACAUUAUUGAGCACCUGAAUACAUUUGGAAGUCCUGCUGACACUACUGACCCGCUUCAGCAGAUCUGCAAGAUCCUGAAUGCUCAUAUGGACUCUCUACAGUGGAUUAAUCGGAAUUCAGGCAUGCUGCAAAGGAAAGUAGAAGAGGUAACACAGGUUUUUGAGGAUCAUCGUCGUGCAGAGCAAGAACACAAUAUCAGAAUUGCUUUUGAUUGA